AUGGCUGUGCUCCAUGUGCACCUGUACCUCACUGCCUUGGGCUUCUGGAUGACGCCGCAGUCCAGCUCCUUCCUGCUGCCCAAUGCCACCGAGCUCCUGUCCCCCGCCGGGGGCAGAGCUGCGGGCCUGCUGUGGGGCGCGGGGGUCCCCCGGAGCCGUCGGAAGCGAUACCUCUCCCCCCGCGACAUGAGCAUGAUUUUGGACUACCACAACCAAGUGAGGGCACAGGUGUCCCCCCCAGCUGCCAACAUGGAGUACAUGGUGUGGGACGAGCGGCUGGCCAGGGCAGCGGAGGCAUGGGCUGCGCGCUGCCUGUGGGACCACGGCCCCCCCCAGCUGAUGAAAUACGUGGGGCAGAACCUCUCCAUCCACUCAGGCAGGUACCGCUCUGUCCUGGACAUGGUGAAAUCGUGGCAUCAGGAGAAGCAGCACUACUCCUUCCCCCACCCCCGCGAGUGCAACCCCCACUGCCCCUCCAAAUGCAGCGGCUCUGUCUGCAGCCACUACACGCAGAUGGUGUGGGCAUCCUCCAGCCACCUGGGCUGCGCCCUCGGCACCUGCGCCAACGUGCGGGUGUGGGGCAGCACGUGGCGGCACGCCAUCCUCCUCGUCUGCAACUACGCCGUCAAGGGCAACUGGCUGGGAGAAGCGCCGUACAAGGUGGGGAGGCCAUGCUCAGCCUGCCCCCCCACCUACGGCGGAGGCUGCUCCAACAACAUGUGCUUCACCGGACUCAAAUCCAACCAAGUCAGCUGGUUCUAG